ACAUGUCGGACAUAUUGGAUUAUAAAAGUGAGGUUUAUCCACCCAGACUGCAGAACUGUGACAGAAUCACACCCCCUGGCUGCGGGAAAAAAAUCCAAAGAGCACUCAAAUUAUGUAACAGGGACACCUUGCCGUCCGAAGUCCACGUUAUACAUUUUAUACGAGAGAAAUGGGGGAUAAAAGGAUCUUGUGUAUCGGUUUAGUGUGCUUGGAUAUCAUCAAUGUCGUGGACAAAUACCCGGAAGAAGACACCGACACAAGGUGUUUGUCACAAAGAUGGCAGCGUGGUGGCAAUGCCUCCAAUUCCUGCACAGUUCUCUCUCUCCUGGGGGCACCAUGUGCGUUUAUGGGCUCUCUGGCUCCAGGCCCAGUGGCCGAUUUUGUUCUGGAUGACUUCCGGAGGUAUAAGAUUGACACUUCUCUCCUUGCGGAGCAUUCAGGAUGUUCUUUCCCAUCCUCCAUAGUGAUCAGCAAUUUGAGAAAUGGGAGCCGUACCAUACUGCAUAUGAACAGCUUUAUAGUGGAUGAUUUUAAGAGGCGUGAUAUCGAAGUGUCGGGGGUGGCGUGGCAGAGGGAAGGGGUGACUCCUUGUGCCUGUUGUGUCGUUUGUCCCCCCAGUGGCUCACGCACUGUCGUUCUCUUCGACACGAAUUUGCCUGAUGUAACAGCUGAUGAUUUCCAAAAGGUGGACCUUACCAAGUACAAAUGGAUUCAUUGGGAGGGUCGUAAUCCUGGGGAGCAGGUGAAGAUGAUUAAACAUGUGGAGGAAUACAACAGCUCUGUGAUGGCAGAAGAACAAAUUACCAUUUCUGUGGAGAUUGAGAAGACCAGGGAAGAGCUGUAUCAGCUCUUUCAGUAUGGAGAUGUGGUGUUCGUCAGUAAAGAUGUUGCCAGGCAUUUUGGGUAUAACUCUGCAGCCGAAGCCCUGAGGGGUUUCUACAGUCAAGUGAAGAAAGGAAGGAACCAGAUGUUUUGCCAUAAUAUCCAGGUGCAUGUUGGAGUUGAUGAUUCCCCCAUGAUUCAUCUUAACAAAGGCUUCAGGACCCAUGGAGUACAUACAAAACAACUCUUGAACAGAAUAUGCAGGGCACUGCUGAUCUGUGCCUGGGCAGAGAUGGGGGCGGAUGGAGUGGGCCCUGAGGGAACAGUCGUCCAUUCAGAUGCCUUUGCUCCUGAGGCAAUCGUAGACACUCUGGGGGCUGGUGACACUUUCAACGCCUCAGUUAUUUUUUCCCUCUCAAACGGAAAAAGCCUGCAAGAGGCUCUGACAUUUGGAUGUCAAAUUGCUGGAAAGAAGUGUGGUAUUCAUGGCUAUGAUGGGAUUGUAUAGCGGAUCCCACAAAAGACAGAUGCAAGUGGCUCAACUUCAGUUAAACUGGGAGUAAAUCUAGAAGACAUCUGCACUAUGCUACAAAGAAAUUCCUAGAAUGAAACAUACUCUAAUGUUUAAUGAAUGCUGAUUAAAAAUCAAAUUAGAACCA